AUGAGCCUCGAGCACAGCAGCAGAGGUGGAGAGGAGGACCCAGACGUCUGGGACCUCAGUGACAUUGACAAGGAUGGGCACUUGGACCGAGACGAGUUCGCUGUGGCCAUGCACUUGGUGUACCGAGCCCUGGAGAAGGAGCCCGUGCCCUCCGCCCUGCCCCCGUCCCUCAUCCCCCCCUCCAAGAGAAAGAAGACUGUGUUCCCUGGCGCCGUCCCUGUCCUGCCCGCCAGCCCCCCACCAAAAGACAGCCUCCGCUCCACGCCAUCCCACGGCAGCGUCAGCAGCCUCAACAGCACAGGGAGCCUGUCCCCCAAGCACAGCCUCAAGCAAACACAGCCAACAGUGAACUGGGUGGUGCCGGUGGCAGACAAGAUGCGAUUUGAUGAGAUAUUCCUGAAGACCGAUCUGGACCUGGACGGCUACGUGAGUGGCCAGGAGGUGAAGGAGAUCUUCAUGCACUCGGGCCUCACCCAGAACCUUCUAGCACACAUAUGGGCCCUGGCCGAUACGAGGCAAACGGGGAAGUUAAGCAAAGACCAAUUCGCGUUAGCUAUGUAUUUCAUUCAGCAGAAGGUCAGUAAAGGCAUCGACCCCCCUCAAGUCCUCUCGCCAGACAUGGUCCCGCCCUCAGAGAGAGGCACGCCCGGCCCGGUGAGUGCUGGUCACGCCCGGGGGGUAUUCACAUCCCUUCCCGCCGCCUGCCACCAGGUGGCACUGGUGGCACACAGCCCACAAUUGGUGAGAGAGAAAUAUUCACUGGAACAAGACAUUCGAGAAAAGGAAGAGGCAAUCAGACAGAAAACCAGCGAGGUGCAGGAAUUACAAAAUGACCUAGACCGGGAAACAAGCAGUUUGCAGGAGCUUGAGGCUCAGAAACAGGAUGCUCAAGACCGCCUGGAUGAGAUGGACCAGCAGAAGGCCAAGCUCCGAGACAUGCUGAGUGAUGUGCGGCAGAAGUGCCAGGACGAGACUCAGAUGAUCUCAUCAUUGAAAACGCAAAUCCAGUCUCAGGAAUCGGACUUAAAGUCCCAGGAAGACGAUCUGAACCGAGCCAAGUCGGAGCUGAACCGAUUGCAGCAGGAGGAAACCCAGCUGGAGCAGAGCAUUCAGGCCGGGCGAGUCCAGCUGGAAACCAUUAUCAAGUCCCUGAAGUCAACGCAAGACGAAAUCAACCAGGCAAGGAGCAAACUUUCCCAGCUGCACGAAAGCCGCCAGGAGGCCCACAGGAGCCUGGAGCAGUAUGACCAGGUGCUCGAUGGAGCCCAUGGCGCCAGCCUGACCGACCUGGCCGACCUGAGCGAAGGCGUCUCCCUGGCAGAGAGGGGCGGUUUUGGAGCCAUGGAUGAUCCUUUCAAAAAUAAAGCCUUGUUAUUUAGCAACAACACGCAAGAGCUGCAUCCGGAUCCUUUCCAGACAGAAGACCCCUUCAAAUCUGACCCAUUUAAAGGAGCCGAUCCCUUCAAAGGCGACCCGUUCCAGAAUGACCCCUUUGCAGAACAGCAGACAACUUCAACAGAUCCAUUUGGAGGGGACCCUUUCAAAGAAAGUGACCCAUUCCGUGGCUCUGCCACCGACGACUUCUUCAAGAAACAGACAAAGAAUGACCCAUUUACCUCGGACCCAUUCACGAAAAACCCUUCCUUACCUUCGAAGCUCGACCCCUUUGAAUCCAGUGAUCCCUUUUCAUCCUCCAGUGUCUCCUCAAAAGGAUCAGAUCCCUUUGGAACCUUAGAUCCCUUCGGAAGUGGGUCCUUCAAUAGUGCUGAAGGCUUUGCCGACUUCAGCCAGAUGUCCAAGCCCCCACCUUCUGGCCCUUUCACCUCCUCCUUGGGAGGGGCAGGAUUCUCAGAUGACCCCUUUAAAAGUAAACAGGACACUCCUGCUCUGCCUCCGAAGAAACCCGCUCCUCCACGGCCUAAACCGCCCAGCGGUAAAAGUACACCUGUAAGCCAGCUUGGUUCCGCAGACUUUCCCGAGACCCCCGAUCCAUUCCAGCCACUCGGGGCUGACAGCGGCGACCCGUUCCAAAGUAAAAAGGGGUUUGGGGACCCGUUUAGUGGAAAAGACCCAUUUGUCCCCUCCUCUGCAGCUAAACCUUCUAAGGCCUCUGCCUCGGGCUUUGCAGACUUCACCUCUUUUGGCAAUGAGGAGCAGCAGCUGGCGUGGGCCAAGCGGGAGAGCGAGAAGGCGGAACAGGAGAGGCUGGCGCGGCUGCGGCGGCAGGAGCAGGAGGACCUGGAACUGGCCAUCGCGCUCAGCAAGGCUGACAUGCCUGCCGCCUAGGCGAGGGCCGUGUGCAGGCGGGACAGGGCACGGGCAGGUUCCAGAGAGGGGGCAGUUGCAGAUGUCUAUAUAUACACACACACACACCGUCGCCACCGCACUCCAAGGACCGGGACUCGGGAGCUUGUUCAGGGUGAGCAAACUGGCUGCAAGACCUGGAAAGGUCACAUCUCCUGGGGAAGCCCUUAUGGAGGCCUUGGCCACCGCUUCUACAGGUCCGUCUCUCCACUGUGCCAUCCCCCCUGGGGCUGACCGCCUCCCGCUCUUGCUCUGGGAACGAACACACGGCCGGUCAGUCGAGGAGAGGAAGCACCCAGGGCCUCCCCGCCUCCUCCCUACUCAUAGCUGCAGACAUCCCCGCCCGCCCUCCCACGCAUCAGUCAGACACUCCCCCAGUGGUGUAUGCAUUCGUUGUAUAAAAUGAAGUUUGAAUGAUUAAUAUAAAAUAUUUUAAUACAAAA